GUCAGAGCCGGACUGGGUAAACUGAGCAGGGCUCUGGGGCGCUGGAGCAUAGGAGACCUGGAGCAGCGGGGACGGACGCACGGACUGGGACCCGGGCAGUGUGGAGAUAUAACCCUGCAGGCAGUCGCAGGCGAGCCGAAGCGAAGCAAAGCUAUGGCCCUGAGCGAUCUGGUGCUGCUGCGAUGGCUGCGGGACAGCCGCCACUCGCGCAAGCUGAUCCUGUUCAUCGUGUUCCUCGCGCUGCUGCUAGACAACAUGCUGCUCACCGUCGUAGUUCCCAUCAUUCCCAGCUACCUGUACAGCAUUAAGCACGAGAAAAAUACUACGGAAAUCCAGACUGCCAGGCCAGCGCUCACAGCCUCCACUUCCGAAAGCUUCCACAGCAUCUUCUCUUACUAUAACAACUCUACUGUGUUCACGGGGAAUGCCACGGGGGGCCUCCCAGGAGGGGAGUCACCCAAGGCUACCACCACACAGCACACUGUGACCAACACGACUGUCCCUCCCGACUGCCCCAGUGAAGACAAAGACCUUCUAAAUGAGAAUGUGCAAGUUGGGCUGCUGUUUGCCUCCAAAGCCACUGUCCAGCUCCUCACCAACCCAUUCAUAGGACUUCUAACCAACAGAAUUGGCUAUCCAAUUCCCAUGUUUGCUGGAUUCUGCAUUAUGUUUAUCUCAACAGUUAUGUUUGCCUUCUCCAGCAGCUAUGCCUUCCUGCUGAUCGCCAGGUCCCUGCAGGGAAUCGGCUCCUCUUGCUCAUCUGUGGCUGGGAUGGGCAUGCUGGCCAGCGUGUACACAGAUGAUGAAGAGAGGGGUAACGCCAUGGGGAUUGCUCUGGGGGGCCUGGCCAUGGGGGUCUUAGUGGGACCCCCCUUUGGAAGUGUGCUCUAUGAGUUUGUGGGGAAGACAGCUCCUUUCCUGGUGCUUGCUGCCUUGGUGCUCUUGGAUGGAGCUAUUCAGCUCUUUGUGCUCCAGCCAUCCCGAGUGCAGCCAGAAAGUCAGAAGGGGACACCUCUUACGACCUUGCUGAAGGACCCAUACAUUCUCAUCGCUGCAGGCUCCAUCUGCUUUGCAAACAUGGGGAUAGCCAUGCUGGAGCCCGCCCUGCCCAUCUGGAUGAUGGAGACCAUGUGUUCCCGAAAGUGGCAGCUGGGCGUUGCCUUCCUGCCAGCGAGCAUCUCUUAUCUCAUUGGAACCAAUAUUUUUGGGAUACUUGCACACAAAAUGGGAAGGUGGCUGUGUGCUCUUCUGGGAAUGAUAGUUGUUGGGAUCAGCAUUUUAUGUAUUCCUUUUGCAAAAAAUAUCUACGGACUCAUCGCUCCCAACUUUGGAGUUGGUUUUGCCAUUGGGAUGGUGGACUCCUCCAUGAUGCCUAUCAUGGGCUACCUGGUGGACCUGCGGCACGUGUCUGUCUAUGGGAGUGUGUAUGCCAUUGCAGAUGUAGCCUUCUGCAUGGGGUAUGCUAUCGGUCCCUCUGCUGGUGGUGCUAUUGCAAAGGCAAUUGGCUUUCCUUGGCUCAUGACAAUUAUUGGGAUAAUUGAUAUUGUUUUUGCUCCACUCUGCUUUUUUCUUCGAAGUCCACCUGCUAAGGAAGAAAAAAUGGCUAUCCUCAUGGACCACAACUGCCCCAUUAAGACAAAGAUGUACACUCAGAAUAAUGUCCAGCCGUACCCCGUCGGUGAUGAUGAAGAAUCUGAGAGUGACUGAGCCCCUCUAACGUUGCCCAAUGUUUAACUGUGUACAUGUGUCUCCAGUGAGAUGACUUAAGAGCUGUCUUAGUCACGCCAUCCAUUGCUGGCAUAGAGUAAAACAACCAAAGGUGAUACUUUCUUUUUCAUGGUUAUGAUCGACUGCCAACAGCCUUAUAAAGAAAAAGCAACUUUUCUAGGGGUUUGUAUAAAUAGUGUUGAAAACUUUAUUUUAUGUAUUUGAUUUUAUUAAUAUUAUACAAUAUAUUUUGACGAAAUAGGUAUACUGUAAAUGUAUAAAUAUUUGAAUCCAAAUUAAAUAUAAUUUUUUAACUUACAUUCAUCAACACUUGGACAAAAAAAAUCUUAUUUUUUUUUUUCUGAAUACUGGUAAUGAGUGUUUAAAGCACACAUUAUCUGAGAUUCUCCAACAAAAAACUAGCAGUCUGAGAAACAGAAUCGUGUAAGACAAUGCAUUGUAUACCAACACUGAAUGUGUUGUUAUUUAACUUGAAACUAAUACCAAUGUAUUUAUGAGUUAAAAGCUAGUCAUCUUAAAUACAAAGGACAAGAAACUUUAUCAGCCAUCUUUCAGACUUAUUCAUAAACCUUUGCUGGCAUUAGUUUUCUGUUAUAACCACUCACCUGGAAAGAGGUGGUUGUAAAUGGUUUUCUGUGUCAUAUCAUUGGCAGCAGUAAUUAAAGCCAACAAGGGGUAAAAAGUGAAUGUUCUGAAAGCAGAGGAAAGAACCCAAAUGCUGCUUUCUUUUAUAUAUUCUUGAUGGUCUUACUGGGUGAAAAUAAAACUCUGCACUUUAAACAGUCAAGGUUGAAUAUGUUAAGGUUUAUCAAUCCAGUUCAUGUUCUGGAACAGUAAACAAGGCUAUCAUCAAGCUGUUAUAAUGUGAAAAAAAAAUCACAUCUCUCACCUGCUUGCAGGUCAUCCAAGUGUUUUUCUAGAGAUGUUAAUUUUGAGUUGCUGUUAUUUUUUAGACUCCUAAAAGUUGUUUAUAUCAAUGUAGAAAUGAAUUUCAAGCAAAGAUGAAGAAAUAAAAUUGUUCACGGCUAACACGAUUAUGUUAAGAAAGAUAAUAGAGUGGUUAGGACACCUCCCCUUUCUGAAGCAGGAAAAAAACAAUCUACAAAUGAUAUGUGUUAUUGUAUCAUCUUGUGUGCUGGGUAGAAUAACUUUUCUAAGCAUGACAACACUGAUAUGUCUUUUCAGUGUGCCAGUUAAUGCUGUUAGUGAACUCUAUCUACAAUUGCUUUGUAUGAGACUACAAUCUUCCGGAAUGCAAACACAGUAUAGAAUUUGUCUCAAAUAGUAUCUGUCAAAAAACUGUUUUAAAAAAACUGUCAGUUUUGUUAAGCUUAAUUGUUUGUGUGACCUUGGACAUUGAGAACUUUAGGAUGACAACCCCUCAAAUCUUAUUGGCUAUCCACAUUCUUCAGAAAAGUGGCAAAUAUUUCUUUUGUUUUAUGAAGCUUUCUGUGGGACCCUGGUGAUGUGAAGUCUGGUGUGUUUAAGGGACAAUUGGGUUCCCACUCUUAAGCCAUUGGACAGUCAUGGGUCUGCAACUCUGAAAGAUGGCUGCUCUUACAUGGCUAAAAGGGCAGGGCUUAACCUUCUCCAGGAUGCCUUGUGAUGUGAUGUGAGAGAGGCCUUGUAGUUGUCCUUACCCACAAUACCAUAUACAAUAACUGAUUCCUGUCAUUUCUGCUUUUGAGGCUUCAGUUUCAGUAAAAACGAUCAGCAAAGGCAUGCCUGUUACUGCUCUCCAAAGAAAAAAGAAAAAUUGCAGAACUAUUUGGAGAGGAAAGGAUAAGUUGUUUAUGAGGGGAAAGGAAAGACAUUUAUAUGACUAAUCUCCUGGGUACACAAGACCGAAAAUAGCGUUUAAAAGAGACUGUGCAUGUACCAGAACAAAGAACUUACAGCUCUCUGAAGAUUUAUUUUUAUUUUUAAAGUAGAGAUGGCUUUUGUUUGUACUUGGUAAUUCAGACACAAAAAUCUUAGUGAGGUAGUAAUGAAUACUCAACUUCCUUUUGACUGCUAACUGUAUCUGUGCUGGUUGCACUUUAGUUAGAUUACUUAAUAAAUCUUCUUGAACACUG